AUGGUGAGCUUACUUAAAGACUUUGUUGAGUCUGAAUUUUUUUUGAUUGAUGGAGAUUCAUUACUCAUCGCUUGUUUUCUUAAUGUGAACUUCAAGAAAGGACAAACUCUUCACUUCUUUUAUAUUGUAGAACAAUUUCUGCAUGAUUUCAUCCAAAAGGAAGCCAAAUUUGUAUUAGUUUUUUUUAAGGAUGCAGAAAAUCUGUAUUAUAAUUACCCUGAAAUUCUGGCCCUUCGUACCAUAUUGAUAUAUCAUUUAGAAUACAACACUGAUGUCACUAUUCAUACAGAAUUUUCCAACUGUCUGACACCAGAAUGGGAGAUAUUUCUUAAAGAAUGUUAUCCAUAUUUCCUCAUUGUCUCAGAUACGGGAAUAUCAACUCAUCAAACAGAUUUUUUAAACAUUUUGAUCAUGCAUGCUCUUCAGAAGAAAAUCAAUAUUGUACAGAUUUUGGGAAUAGAGUCCGAUGUCCUUAGAAUUUAUGGAUACUGUGCCUCAAGUCUCUAUAUGCACAAACAGUUUUUUGAAAAGCAUGAGAUACAACUGCAACAUGCCUUACAUGCCUACAUAAUAGAGCAUUACCAAAGGUCACAGGAGAGAGAAAUAUUUCUCUAUGGUCAUUUGAAACUAAACUUGGGAGAAAUGCAGAAAGAGAUACAUCAGACCUUGUCCUUGCUUCUCAAUCUGUGGCCUGAAGGAGCUGAUGUAAGAAGUGUUGUCUGCUCUAUUUCAUGUGCUGUGACACUAAAACACUAUAAAAAAAUUUUACAUGAUGCCCAAGACUACGAAAACCUAAACAUAUGCACAGAAAAUCAUAACACACAGGACUUGAAGAAACCCCUAACACUAAAGGAAGCAGCAGAUCUUUGCAGAAUGCACUGUCUCAGUGUGAUUUUCCUUCAGCGUUUACCCCUGCUUCAAAGAGCUAAGAGUAGAAUUAUUACUUAUACUUGGGACAGAACACUUGUACCAUUUCUAAAGAUGCUAAAAAGAUGUCAAUUUUUCAUCUUAAAACAUUUAAAAGCAAGGAAUAAUUGGAAUGUGAAUUUCACUGGCCUACCUGACUUAACUGAUAAUAGUUUGUGGAAAAAUAUUGCUUAUUAUUAUGAAAUUGAACAUAAUAGAGGGCUCAAUUUGGAAUUGGGUAACACUUUGAAACAGGGAUACGAGGAAUUGUGGAACACAGUCUUAACAUUAUCAGAGGAUGAUGAUUUUGGAGGAUCUAUGCCUGUGAGGACAACAUCCAGACCAUUUCUUACACAGAAAAAAACAUCACCUAGAGUACCAGGAUCAAAUCAAGGAAGUCAUAAAUUAGGACUCAUUCCUCUGAAAGCUGAGAUUAUAGAAGAUUAUGCUGGAGAUAUUUUGUCAGAACUACCUUUUCUAAGCAGUGAUGACCCAGCUGUUACAUCUCUUUCUAAGAAGGAAGAAUUUGAUGAACUCACACACUGGCAUUCUUCUAGACCUCUCAGUGAUGAUUUUGAAAGGACAAAGUGCAACAGUGACGCUAAAUCCAAAGAUGUCAAAGAAAGAAGGAACGUGCAGAAAUUACAUCAUUUUUAUCAUGUCUUUGGAAAAUCUUUGGUAGGAAGCAACAAAUCAAUAAGGAUUACAAGAGGAAGUGCUCUGCCACCUCCAGAAAAUUCUUCAGUACAAAAGAAAAAAAAACACCAGACAAAUGCAGAAAAAUUUAUUGAGGAAAACCAAAAGAGACAGCUAGCUAAACUAGAGAAAAAAGAGGAAGAAAGAUGGAAAAACUUGUCAGUAUAUAUUGAAAAGGAAAUGAAAGAAAAUCCUAAUUCUGGAAUAAAAAAACUAGAUUUUCUCCAAACAUGCCCUGUUAAAUCUGUAGAAUUUGCUGCAGAAAUGGUAGGAUUGGAUGCCUGUUUCAAAUUAUGGAUGGAAUGCUGUUCAAAACCAGAGCAAAAGAAAUCCAGAGAUAUGAACAUAAUAAUUAACUUGAUGAAAUGGAUUCAUAUAAUCCAUGAAAAGCAUUCAGAACUAUUAAAAAAUACAGAUCGACGAAAAUUAGCUAAAUAUUUAAAAUACGUUGGAUUUGACAACUUGGCACACGCUUUAUAUCCUCAGGUAGGUGCUAUAGAAAAUAUUAUUGCUGAGAAGGAUAUUUCUAAAUAUUCAGUUUGUAUGGGAGCAGCUCGGUUUCAGUUAACAUAUAUGGGCCAUUACUUACUUCGAGAAGAAAGAAGUGAUCCAGAUCCCAGGGUGCAUCAUUUUAUACCAGACACAUGGCAGAGGGAACUUCUUGACGUGGUAGAUAACAAUGAAUCUGCUGUAAUUGUUGCCCCAACAUCAUCAGGGAAAACCUAUGCUUCUUACUACUGCAUGGAGAAAAUCCUGAGAGAGAGUGAUGAAGGGGUGAUUGUGUAUGUUGCUCCAACAAAGGCUCUUGUUAAUCAAGUGGUAGGAACUAUCUGCAGUCUAUUUACCAAAGCACUGCCAAAAGGACUAGUGGUGUGUGGAGUGUUUACCAGAGAUUACCGUCAUGAUACCUUGAAUUGUCAGAUAUUGGUGACAGUGCCUCAGUGCUUGGAAAUACUCUUGUUAUCACCUCGUAAUCAAAAGUGGGUGAAAAGGAUGAGAUAUGUCAUCUUCGAUGAGGUUCACUGCCUUGGGGGAGAAAUUGGAGCCGAAGUUUGGGAGCAUCUUCUUGUUAUGAUUCGAUGUCCCUUUCUGGCACUUUCUGCUACUAUCAGUAAUCCUGAACAUCUCACUGAAUGGUUGGUGUUAAUUAAAAGAUACUGGCAAGAUGUUGAAAGCAAAAUGGAAAAUUCUAGUUCAUUGCAAAAUGUCUUGAAAGUUUCAAAGAAACAACAAAGAAAAAGAAUAGAAAAGCCAUCCUACAGAGUUAGACUGGUGUGGUACACAGAGCGAUACAAUGAUCUAGAAAAGUAUGUGUGUUCCCUAAAGGAUAAUGAGUUUAUCAUUGAACACUAUCACCCAUGUGCUGCACUUACAGUCAACCAUAUAAAGAAGUAUGGAAUCCCUUUAGACCUUGGAUUUUCUCCACGGGAAAGCAUACUGCUUUAUGAUGCGAUGGUACAUGUUUGGCCAGAAUGGACAAGAAUAAAAGAGUUAGAACCUGAAGAAUUCAGCUGCUUCAAAAAUAAAAUAGUCAUAACGAGGGCAGAUGCUAAGAAAUAUGAAGAGGAACUGAAAAAGGAAAUAAUUCACUGGAGUCAUCUGGACCCAAGCAAGGUGAAUCAGUUAUUCAUGUACCUUAAGCCUCAAACUUUUGACAGUGCAGAAAUUGAAAAGCGAAGGAUGUUUCCUCAUUUUGUGGAAAAACUUAAAGAAAUGAAUAGGCUGCCUGCAAUAUUUUUUUCGUAUUUUAAUUCAGAUUCAGGUGCUAGAAUACAAAGAAUCAUUUUAUUAGCAGCUGAAAUAAAGGAAAUUAAAAAAAACCUUAAGAAACAUUAUGAAAUUUCUCCAGACUGUACUUACACUGACCGUACAGUUGUGGAUUAUCAGACUUUAGCCAAGAUCCUACGCAGACUGAGAGGAACAAGACAAGGCUACAAACUACACGGUCUGUUAAGGCGGGGCAUUGGAUAUCACCACGGUUCGAUGGAAAUCAGACAAAGACAAGUUGUAGAGAUGCUUUUCAGACUGAAGCACCUCAAGGUGAUAACAGCUACCUCCACCCUUGCUUUGGGAAUUAACAUGCCAUGUAAAUCUGUUGUUUUUAUGGAAGAUUCUGUUUUUUUGGAUGCCUUGAACUUUCGACAGAUGUCUGGUCGUGCAGGAAGACGGGGAGAAGAUCUUAUAGGAAAUGUGUUCUUCUAUGAUAUUCCAUUACCUAAGAUAGAAAGGCUCUUAAAAUCGAAUGUGCCCAAACUGAAAGGUCAAUUUCCUUUAAGUAUAUCCUUGGUUCUCAGACUUAUGCUUUUAGUUGCCAAAGCAGAUGACAAGGAGGAUGCCAAAGCAAAGGCAUUGUCGGUUCUCCAAUAUUCAUUGAUGUCCUUCAAGCAACCAAAGAUCAAUUGCAUGUUAAAGUUUUAUUUUAUAUAUUCUUUGCAAUUCUUGGUCAGAGAGGAAUAUCUGAAUCUAGAAUGUAUUCCCAUUGGUUAUUCUGGUCUCGUGUCACAUUUGCACUACCAUGAACCUGCAAACUUUGUUUUAGUAAGCUUGCUGAAGAAACGCUUAUUUCACAAGCUGUGUGUUCCAACCAAGAUAAAAGGUAAGCACUUUUCUGAAGAAGUGAUGGAAACAUUAGUGGUGGUGUUAGCAAAUCUUUUUGGAAGACAUUAUCUUCCUCCCUGUGUGAAAAACUUUAAAAAGGAAUUUUCUCAUUCAGUGGUAGUUCUAGAUGAUCUUCCCAAGGAAUUUGCUGCAGUGGUAAAGGAACACAACACCAGAAUUCAAGAGAAUUUUGGUUCCUUCCUCCUAACAAUUUCCAAGUUGGCUGACAUGAGAAAAGAAUCCCAACUACCUCUCUCAGAAAUUGACUUUUCAGGUAAAGAAUGUGAAGACUCUGAACUGGUUUCUCAUUUGAUGCCUGGGACCGAGAGCAGAACUGCAGUCUCCCCAUUUGCUUGCCUGUCCAACAUAACAGAUCAAGAUUUAUUUGAUGUUGAUGUGAUAAAUGAUGCUAAGUUACGAACAAUUGAUGUGAAUGUUCAAAACAUCCCUUUCCUUUGCUUGAAUAAAUAUGAUACGAAUGGAAGGAAGUGUCCAUUGAAUGGUUAUGUAUUGAACUUCUAUAAAAACCGUUCCCUGUCAGCACUAACUUUGGAUAAUUGGUUAAAUAUGGGAGAUGCUUUUACUCUUAUCAGGGAUUUUGCACUGACUGUUCAGUCCAUCAGGAUUUCACUGAGUGAAUUAUGUGAUGAUGAAGAUGACAAUGUUCUGUUAGCAUUUAAACAGCUGAGUAAAGCAUUCCAUUCAAUCUUAGGAAAAAAAGCAAUAGACUGA